AUACCAUCGUCGGCUUUGUUGCCUUCGUCAUCGUUAACCUCCAAGUCACAAACUACACAGGCACGAGCGCACCACGACACCCACCUUCGUCAUUCCCCUCGUUUUUCCUCACCCAUUCCUCCUGCUGUGCAUCCCCUUCCUCCCGCCCCAAAUUCCUAGCCACACUCUUCUGCCGAGUAGGCGAUCGCCGAUCGGAGAUGGACGACGCCGGCGGCGGCGGCUCGUCCUGGCCGUACGUCAAGAAGCCGCAGCCGCACCAGCUGGCGCGGUCGCUGACGUACCACCACCCCUACCAGGGCCAGGGCCGCCGCCUGCAGCCUCCCCGGCGCCAACAGCAACAGCUCCCCGACGCGCGGAUCCCGCACCCGGCCGUGGUCUUCUACACGACGUCGCUCCGCGGCGUGCGCCGCACCUUCACCGACUGCUCCGCGGUGCGCGCCGUGCUGCGCGGCUUCCGCGUGGCCGUGGACGAGCGGGACGUGUCCAUGGACGCCGCGCUCCGGCGGGAGCUCCAGGGGCUUCUCGCGGCGCGGGGCCGCGGCUUCUCCCUCCCGCAGCUCUUCGUCGGCGGCCGGCUCGUCGGCGGCGCCGACGAGGUCAGGCAGCUGCACGAGGCCGGCGAGCUGCGGCGGCUCCUCCAGGGCGCCGCGGGGCAGGACCCGGCCUUCGUAUGCGGCGCCUGCGGGGGCGUCCGCUUCGUGCCAUGCCCGGCCUGCGCCGGCUCCCGCAAGGUCUUCGUCGAGGAGGAAGGCCACACCAGACGCUGCGGCCACUGCAACGAGAACGGCUUGGUACGCUGCCCAAGUUGCUGUUCUUGACCGCUUUGCUAUACGAAUACAGUAUUUGCGUGUUAUACUCCAUAGUACUAGAAAGAUUAGAGACGGUAGAUACUGGCAAGAACGGAGGUGUGUUUCUUGAUUUCUUGGCCUGUAAAUUAUCGUGGUCAUGUAGUUCUUUCUCCUUAGU